CUCCUAGGUGACAACAAGCCCGUGUCGACAGCGUGCGAUGUUCCACGCGCUCCUUAAAGAGAGUCAGCAAAUCCUAGCCAGGCGUACCAGGGCCAAGGCCUGAAGGGGCUGGGGGAUUGUUUAUAAAAGUUACCGCGGCCCUGGUACGUAAAGGACCUAGGAAAGACAUGAUGGGUUUAAUCAGUAAGAGUCUGACACUCCCUCACGCUGCUAGCUGCGGGAUGGGAUUUGAUGAUUUAACAUAAAAAAGUAUACCUAUUACCUAUAUAUAUCUACAUACAUAUAAGAUUUUCCAUAGUUUUAUUUACAAAUUGCAUGCAAAGUAUCGUCUAAAUCGGUCCGUUGAAUACACGGUAAACACAUAUGGUAAGACUAAAUGCGAUUAUAUAAUAUUCUAUUGUCUUUACAAAUAAUACAAACUAACGGGGAAUGGUCUUUAUAGUAUUGUUAAUUAGUGUUUAAAAAUAUAUAUGUAAAAUUCAAAUUCGAAUUCAAAUGUUUGCAUAGAAUGAAUGGGUAGGUACAAUUACCUAUUCAUUCUAUGCAAAAAUUCUAAUACAUAAAAAAAUAUUUGUGCUGUGAACUCAAAACUAAAGGUUAAGGAACCCUUGGCUCGUCCGGUCUGUGGAUGGGUGACCAUCUUGUUACGACGACUUCUGAGACAGCAAACUGAUGAUAAACUGAUGGGUCCCGGCUGUCAUUUGAACAUCUCUGACAGUCGUAAAGGGUAGUCAAAAGCCAGUAAGUUUAACACCAGUCUUACCAAGGGGUACUGGCUUGCCCGGGGUCCGGUUUGAAGAGGUCAGAGAAGCAGUCGCUCCUUGUAAAACACUGGUACUCAGCUAUAUCCGAUAAGACUGCAAGCUGAUCCCAAAGUUUGUAGUUAAGAAAACAAUGACAGGGGCAGCAUUCUAGUUUAUUUAUUUUGAAAUGAUUUUAGAAGCUACCAUGACUCCCACACCGCAAGAGCCUGUGAUCGAAGAGAAGAACGUGUUCGCUCCAGCAAUGGAUGCUGUGGAUACUAUGGAUGGUGAACGGAUAGUUAUUUCUGGCAUGGCGGGGCUCUACCCCGACUCGGAAAGUGUGAAAGACUUCAGUGAAAUUCUUUAUAAUAAGGUCAACCCUUUAACUGAAGAAGGGCUUCGCUUUAAAUUUAAUCACCCAGAAGUGGCGCAGCAGUCGGGCUCGGUGCCGGGGCUGAGUACCUUCGACGCGCAAUUCUUCAAGGUGCACUACCGGCUCGCCAACUGCAUGGACCCCAUGGCCCGCAAGAUCCUCGAACAGUCCUACCAGGCGAUAUACGAUGCUGGAGUAAAUCCGGAUGACCUUUCUGGAAAGAAGGUCGGUGUUUACAUCGGCUCAUGUUUUUCUGAAGCUGAAAAGGCUUGCUUCUACGAAGCUGCUUCUAGGUUUGGUUUUGGUAUAGCAGGGUGCAGCAAAACGAUGUUUGCGAACCGCGUCUCGUACUGGCUGAACGCGAAGGGUCCGUCCAUGUCUAUCGACGAGGCGUGCUGCAGCUCCACCGCGGCUCUGGAACAAGCAUACCUCGCCAUCAGUCGCGGCGAGUGCGAGGCUGCUGUUGUCGGCGGAGCCUUUUUAUGUCUGCAUCCACAGUCCUCAGUACACUUUGGAAGGAUUAUAAACCUUUGCCAGGAUGGAAAAACGAAGUCUUUUGAUGAAAAUGCUGAUGGAUGCGCAAAAUCGGAAGCUAUUAAUGUACUUUUUCUGCAGAAAGCUAAAGAUGCCUUAAGAAUAUACGCCGAUGUAUUGCACGUUAAGCUGGAGUUCACGGGUCUGUUGCCUGGAGAAACAGGUCCUCGAUACGGGUUCUACAGAGACGUUGACAAAACCAAGAACUUUAUCAAAACAUUCUAUGAGGAAGCCAAAGUACCCGCGCAAGCCAUCGAAUACGUUGAAGCCUUCGGCUGCGCUUUACCGGAGGUUGAUAAAAUGGAGCUGCAAGCGAUCGAAGAGGUGUUCUGCAAGGACAGAGAGGAUCCCCUGCUAGUGGGCAGCGUUAUGUCCAACGUCGGUUACAAUGAAGCUGCUUCUGGAAUCACCGCCAUUACAAAGGUGUUGCUGGGAUACCACCACGGUAAACUAGCUGCCAACCUGCAUUGUGGCAGUCCGCGGCAGGACGUGGCAACACUACGCGACGGACGCAUCCGCGUGGUCACCGAGCACGAGUGGUUCAGGCGCAGCCUCGUCGCUGUCAACGGAUUGUCCGUCACCGGCGUCAACUCACAUGUACUGCUUAAUGGCCACUACAAACCUAAGGAUCCCACUCGAUACAAGUCCAGUAUACCAUACCUAGUGACAAUAUCAGGGAGACAUGAGGCUGCCGUGAAGUUUGUUCUGGAUAAUCUGAAGGCAAACCCCAUAGACCCCGAGCAGCUGAGGCUGCUCCACAAUGCGCAUCAAUCAAAAACUGCGGGACACUUGGGCAGAGGAUUCACAAUUCUACAGACUGAUGAGGAACAGAAAACUGUGAGUCUGCGUGAACAGGCUGAGUACUUCGACGACGCUCGCAGACCGCUGUGGUUCGUGUACAGCGGGAUGGGCUCGCAGUGGGCUGGAAUGGGCACACAACUCAUGCGCAUACCUAUCUUUGCUGCUGCUAUAGAACGAUGCCGAAAAGCAUUAGAACCAAAAGGACUUGAUAUUGUCGAUAUCAUUACAUCAACCGAUGAAAAGACUUUUGACAACAUUUUACACUCUUUCGUGGGAAUAGCUGCCAUUCAGAUUGGUCUCACUGAUAUCCUUCGAGAGCUGGGACUUGUCCCCGAUGGAAUUAUUGGUCACAGCGUGGGUGAGCUGGGAUGCUCGUACGCCGACGGCUGUCUGACGGCGGAGGAGAUGAUACUGUCCGCCUACAGCCGCGGCCUAGUGUCGCUCGAGACUCCCUUCAUACGCGGCUCCAUGGCCGCCAUCGGUCUGGGAUACGAACAGAUCUCUCCAAUGUGUCCUCCUGAAAUUCAAGUAGCUUGCCACAAUGGACCUGAGUCCAGCACUAUUUCGGGCCCCGCUGAUAAGAUGCGCGAGUUUGUGGCCGAGUUGACCGAAAAGGGAAUUUUCGCCAAGGAAGUUCCGUGCUCCAACAUAGCCUAUCACUCACGUUAUAUUGCUGAUGCCGGACCGCAGUUGCUUAAAUAUUUAUCCGAGGUGAUCAAGGAUCCGAAGCCUCGCAGCGAGCGCUGGCUGUCGACGUCAGUUCCGGAGGAGAAGUGGGAUGAACCGCAAGCGAAGCUCUGUUCCGCUGAAUAUCAUACCAACAACUUGCUUAGCCCAGUGCUGUUCGAUGAGACGUCCCGACUGAUCCCCAACAACGCGGUGCUGGUGGAGGUGGCGCCGCACGGGCUGCUGCAGGCCAUCCUCAAGCGCUCGCUUCCGAGCUGCAAGAACAUCGCGCUCACCAGGAGGAAGCACGACGAUAACGCCUUCUUAGUACUCGAAGCUAUUGGCAAACUGUAUAUGGAAGGCUACAAUCCUAAGGUUCAUGUUCUGUAUCCAAAAGUGCAGCUGCCAGUUUCAACGGGGACGCCAUUCUUGUCCCACCUAGUUAAAUGGGCACAUGAUGAGAAUUGGCCUCUACCUCUGUAUUGCACAGCCAAUAGACACAGGACUACGAUCUGCCACUAUGUCACCUCCCUGCAGGACACUGAUGGUGCUUACUUGGAAGGACACUCAAUGAGAGGCCAUACAUUAUUCCCGUAUGCUGCUACUCUGGUGUUGAUGUGGGAUGUGUUCUGCAUGACUACGGGUAAGCCGAAGAAGCAGCUGUCGGUGGAGUUCACUGACCUGCAUCUGAUCUCGCAACCGAUCUUACACGACCAGCGACAGCUUCGUCUAAACGUUUCCCUGCAGAAAGGAACUGGCAAAUUUGAGGUUUUAAAUGAAGAUUCUCGAGUAUUAACUGGUGGUAUAAAGAUAUUCGAGGCUCAAAAAUUAAAACCAAAUUAUGACAGCGAUACCACAUUAAAUAUAGAGCUCACGCAAGAUGAUAUUUAUCGUUUAAUGAGUGAAAGAGAUUACUCAUACAGCGGUGAGUUCCGCAGCAUGGAGGGGUGUGACAGCGCGCUGAGCGCGGCGGCGCUGGCGUGGCGCGACAACUGGGUGACGUUCCUCGACGGCUUGCUGCAGCUCAACAUGCUGCGCCAGCCGCACCGCGCCGUCACGCUGCCCACGCACAUCAGGAGCAUCUCCAUCGAUGUCGACCAGCAUGCUAAAUGUGUGAAACAGUCUUCUGUUUCGGACUUCAAAGUUUCGUUAAAAGCUGAUGUCUCAGAUCAGUACAACAAUACCAGGUGCGGAGGCGUCAUAAUACAUAACAUAAAAUAUGAAAAACUGCCUCUUCUGAAAAAUAAAAAUAUGGUUCUUAAAUCUUUAAAAAUAAAUAAAGAAAACCUGAGAGAGGAGAACUAUGUCUCUUUGGUAGACUCUGCGCCUGUAAGCAAUGUGACUUUACAAUGCAACCAGUUCGGUGAUUUUGAUUCACUCACAUGGGUCGAAGCACCAGAGAAUAACGAACCGGGAGUUAAAGUCAAGGUUCACUACGCUGGUAUUAGUUAUAAUGACACCAAGAAGGCUAGCGGAGCGUUGUCAUUCAGAGAAAACGUUAUAAACGACUACGGAAUGGAUUUCAGUGGGACCACGGAAAAUGGUGAUCGCGUGAUGGGCUUGGUGCGAGGUGGAGCAGCCAGCAGCGUGGUGCGCGCGCAGUCGCAGCUGCUGUGGCCCGUGCCGGUACACUGGAGCCUCGAGGACGCCGCCACCGUGCCGCUCGCCUACGCGCACGCCUUCUACUGUCUCGCCAUUAAGCUCUACAAGAAGCUGGAAUCUCAUACAACUGUGUUGGUGCACGGAGGAGCCGGGACCUUAGGUCAAGCUGUUUUAUCAAUCGUACUGGCUCACGGCUGCCAAGUAUACACUACCGUUAGUGAUAUAAGGAAGAAACGGUUCUUACUCAAACUUUUCCCAGGAUUGAAAGCUGAAAACAUUGGUAAUUCUCGUGACCAUAGUUUCCGAGACAUGAUUCUAAAUGCCACAGCGGGGAAGGGAUGUGAAAUUGUUAUAAGCUCAGUAAAAGGAGAGUUGAAGAAAUCUACACUCUGCUGUGGUGGUUUCGAUGGAGUAUUUUUGGAUAUUUCACAACUACAUAAUCAAGAGGAAGACUUCGACUUCGGAAUGUUCCACCUCACUAAGGAAAGAGCUUAUACUACUGUUGAUUUCUCAACCAUAUUUGAAAGUGAAAAUAGCAGUGAACGCAAUGCUUUGCAGCGCAUGAUAAGUGAGGGUAUCCGUGUGGGAUACGUGCGUCCUCUGUCGCGCGUGACCUACGCCCCGCACGAGGCCGCACGCGCAUUCCGUCUACAGGAUGGUAGCCGACACCGCGGCAGAGUACUGCUCAGGAUGCACGAUGACACAUUGAUGGCUCAACCCAGAUUGAAGUGCUCUGCUGAUGGUUGUCAUUUAAUAAUAAGCAACGAUGAAACAUUCGGCUUGCUGCUAGGCGACAGACUCGUACAACGUGGAGCUAAAAAGCUGUAUUUACACCUUAAGAGUCCUUCAGCUAGCUACAUACAGUUGAAAAUACGAUCUUGGCAAAAGUUAGGUGUGAAAGUGGAAGUAAUGUCGUACGAGUUAUCAAAGGAGUCGGACAUCUCCGCAGUGGUCAGUAACGCCCAGCGACUCGGCCCAGUGGAAGGAGUUUACAUCACGCUGGCAGACAAUCAGCAACACAUUGACGAAACUAAACUCAACACUUUGGACUUAGUAUCGAGGAAGUUGUGUAAAGAUAUCAAAUACUUUGCAGUUUUAAACACCGGCACCAACACAAUCGGAAAAGACGUGAUCCUUAGUCGAGUACAUAACAACUUGCCUGCAACAAUGCUAUCGAUGGAAGAAAUCAAUCCUGUAUCGAAUGACGAGAGAACAUGCUACCGUCAUGUAGUCGAGCUGACUGAGAAGACACUAUGCGGUGCAAGCGGUGUAUUCCUUGCAUGCAACACUCCUGCUCAACAAACUUCACUGCUGCAAGAGAUAACUGCACUUGCUGGCACAGCAAUAAAAGAAGUCAAGGAUAAGAACACAACUUUAGGAGAGUUGGGUGUCCUUAAUGAAAAAGUAAAAUUAGUUUCGCAGUUUUUGAAACUUAAUUAUAACCUUGCGUUUGAAGAAACUUACAUUCCUUCAAUAACAGUCGACAGGAUACAACAAUUAGAAAAUUCUAUCAUCAAUCCUGAAUUCAAAGAUGAGAAGGGCCCCUUAUCUGCAUUCUUCACGUACGUGGACUCGGACGAACUUCUCGCAACUACUGAUUUCGUUUUCCUGCCCACUCUUGGCAACAAUUCGUCAAUGAGGGACGACGAAUUUGAUGCGAAUCAAACCUACCUGUGCAUAGUGCCGGGCAUGGAGGGACAUCACGAGCGGUUCCGGCUGCUGUGCGAGCGCCUCAAGCUGCCCGCCAUUGUACUGCAGCCGGGGCUCGACCGGCCGAACGAAACUGUACACGAAACUGCUAAACGAUUCGUUGACGUGUUCUUGAAGAAGACAGGAUUGAAAAAUAACUUCUACCUCUUAGGCUAUGAAACAGGAAUCGCGAUAGCAUUGGAGAUGGUGGCUCUUUUGGAAGACCGAGGUUUGACGGGCACACUAUAUUGCAUCGGAUUCGCACCAGACGAGCUCAAGGUGGAGUUGGACGAGCAGUUGUCGGAGUUUGCGAGCGAAGAGGAGCUGCAGAACGCAGUGGCGCGGCACAUGUUCACUCUGAUGGCAGGCGGCGACGCUCGCGGGCUGGGCGGGCUGCAGGCAGCUCGCACGUGGGCGCAGAAGGUGGAGUUGUGCGUGCGCACUCUGCUGGGGCGCGUGCCGCACUCGGCGCAGUACGCGCGCGCGCUGCUGGAGACGGCGCUGUCGCGCAUCCAGCGCGCGCGCGCCCACGUGCCGCGCGUGCGGGCGCUGCGCUCGCGCCUGGUGCUGCUGCGCGCCGCCGCCGCGCGCCCACAGCCGCCCGCGCGCGCGCUGCAGCAGCACUCGGAGCGCCCGCUGCGAGUGCACCAGCUAACCUCACCACUAGCACACGCCACCGCAGACUUGCAGUGCGCCGCCGUCAUCAACAGAUACCUGCACCCCGACAUACUGCAACACUUCGACAAUAAGAACAUUUGUGACACAUACCUUCUUAAUGCCAAUUCCUUUAUGACUAUCAAUGAUUCAGUUCCUAAAAAAUAGGUAGUUAACUUGGUCGAUACAUGUCACAUCGUAGGUAGGUUUUAAUUACAUUUUAAAGCAACUUUAAAUUGUAUUCUUAAGGGAUGGCUUGCUUGUUGAGGCAGGAUAAGGUGGACAACAUGAAACCGUAUAGGAUGGGUUAUGAAAUUAAUUAUCCCAUAAGAUAAGUGAACUGUAUCUUUUCGUCCGAAAUAAAGUUACCUAUUUUCAUUUAA